AUGGCAUCAGCAAUUCCAUCCAAGCUCAAGGAUGCUCUCCCUUCACACCUCAAGCCCGCUGAGGGUGAGCGUCAUCACGGAAAGUCGCAGUCUCACGUGGCUUUCGAAAACACCUCCACAUCAGUCGCUGCCUCGCAAAUGCGCAACGCACUGAACAGCCUGGCCGAUGGUGUCACCGACCCAAAGGAGAAGAAGCGCUUCGAGACGGAAAUGGACAAUUUCUUCGCCCUUUUCCGCCGCUACCUCAACGACAAGGCCAAGGGCAACGAGAUUGACUGGAACCGCAUCUCCCCACCCAAGCCCGAGCAGGUGGUCGACUACAACAGCCUGGGCAACUCCGAGUCGGUCGAAUUCCUCUCCAAGCUUGCCGUGCUCAAGCUCAACGGUGGUCUGGGUACCUCGAUGGGUUGUGUCGGUCCCAAGUCCGUCAUUGAGGUCCGCGAUGGCAUGUCCUUCCUCGAUCUGUCCGUCCGCCAGAUUGAGCACCUCAACCGCACUUACGAUGUCAACGUGCCGUUUGUGCUCAUGAACUCAUUCAACACCGACAGCGACACGGCCAGCAUCAUCAAAAAGUACGAGGGCCACAACAUCGACAUUAUGACCUUCAACCAGUCUCGCUACCCACGUAUCCUCAAGGACUCGCUCCUCCCCGCCCCCAAGCACGCCAACUCGCAAAUCUCCGACUGGUACCCACCAGGUCACGGUGACGUUUUCGAGUCGCUCUACAACUCGGGUAUCCUGGACAAGCUGAUUGAGCGCGGUGUGGAGAUUCUCUUCCUUUCCAACGCCGACAACCUCGGGGCUGUCGUGGACUUGAACAUCCUCCAGCACAUGGUCGAGACAAAAGCAGAGUACAUUAUGGAGUUGACGGACAAGACCAAGGCCGAUGUCAAGGGUGGUACCAUCAUCGACUACGAGGGUCAGGCACGCCUGCUCGAAAUCGCCCAGGUGCCCAAGCAGUACACCAACGAAUUCAAGAGCAUCAAGAAGUUCAAGUACUUCAACACCAACAACAUCUGGAUGAACCUCCGUGCCGUCAAGAGGAUUGUCGAGAACAACGAGCUGGCCAUGGAAAUCAUCCCCAACGGCAAGACCAUUCCCGCCGACAAGAAGGGCGAGGCCGAUGUCAACAUCAUCCAACUCGAGACCGCCGUCGGAGCCGCCAUUCGUCACUUCACCAACGCACAUGGUGUCUGCGUUCCCCGUCGUCGUUUCUUGCCCGUCAAGACGUGCUCGGAUUUGAUGCUCGUCAAGUCGGAUCUCUACACCCUCAAGCACGGCCAGCUCAUGAUGGACCCCAACCGCUUCGGACCCGCGCCGUUGAUCAAGCUCGGUAAUGACUUCAAGAAGGUCAGCAACUUUCAGAGCCGGAUCCCGUCCAUUCCCAAGAUCCUCGAGCUGGAUCACCUCACCAUUACGGGUGGAGUGAACCUUGGACGUGGAGUGGUGCUCAAGGGUACCGUCAUCAUCGUCGCCACGGAAGGCAGCACCAUUGACAUCCCUCCCGGUUCGGUGCUGGAGAAUGUGGUGGUCCAGGGUAGUUUGAGACYGCUGGAGCACUAG